GCCGCCGCUCUCUCCCUGCGAAGUGAACGCAGGGCGCCUUCUGGGGCGGGCGAGUGAGAACUGGGACUGGUCGCUGGUCCCGUUCCUGCUAAAGUGCUCCUAGGACGAGAUCAUAUUUUUCUAGAAAAACAAGAGGAGAAAAAAGUAUGCAGAACCUCUGAAAAGUGAGCUAUGCUGUCUUCUGAAGUUGGUCAAAAAGUAGGGCCAUGAAUCUGAAACGAAUAUAUGUAUCUGUACUGAUGUUUGGAGUAGCAGGUCUAAUUGUCUUCACAUAUCUACAAACCUGGAUUGAAGACCAACAUACAGGAUUUGAAGAAAAAAUACAACAGCAGACAAUUAAUCAGGAUUUCAGAAGCUAUUCUACAGAGGAAUCUGAAAAGCCAACAAAAAAAUGGAUUGUAGGAAGGUAUUUCCACAAAGACAGUAAAGCUUUGAUUGAGAGUGAAGAUUCUCAGGAGUCUAAUCUUUUUUUAGGAACAGAGGAUUCUUUGACCACUGACUUUUCUGAAGACCCUCAGAAGAUUCUUAAACAGCUCAAAGAAGUGAAAUUAUCAUCCACCAUGCGUCCUUUAAAUAAGUUCUUUGUUAGGGACAAUCACUGGAAAACCACUGGUGAGAUACAGGAGAGGCGGAGAAUUUUUCUUCAUGAUUUCUGCAAAAAACUUGUUAAUGUAAACAGAACCCAUACUCCUCUUGUGCGCAUGGUCUCUAGAAUAUACGUAGAAGAUAAAUACAAACUCUUGUAUUGUGAAGUUCCUAAAGCAGGCUGUUCCAACUGGAAAAGGACUCUGAUGGUACUCGGUGGCCUCGCAAAAUCUGCUACUAAUAUUUCCCAUGAUACUGUACAUUAUGGAGAUCAUUUAAAGAAACUAGAUAGUUAUGACUUAAAAGAUAUACGUAGGCGUUUAAGAACGUAUACCAAAAUUAUAUUUGUACGCGAUCCAAUGGAAAGAUUGGUGUCUGCUUUUCGGGAUAAGUUUGAACAUCCAAACAGUUACUACCAUCCUGUAUUUGGGAAGGCAAUUAUUAAGAAAUACAGACUCAAUGCAGAUAGAGAGGCUUUGACAACUGGCUCAGGAGUGAAAUUUAAAGAGUUUAUACAAUAUCUGUUAGAUCCCCAUCGGCCAGUAGGGAUGGAUACUCAUUGGGAGCAGAUCAACAAACUUUGUUAUCCUUGCAAUAUCAAUUAUAAUUUCAUCGGCAAAUUUGAAACUCUGGAACAAGAUGCCAAUUAUUUUUUGAGACUAAUAGAUGCUCCAGAUGAGCUGAUAUUUCCUCAUUUCAAAGACAGACAUUCCACUGACAGAAGAACUAAUUCAGAAGUUGUAAGGCAGUACUUGGCAGAAAUUCCUGCCACAGAGAGGCAGCAGGUUUAUGACUUUUAUGACCUCGAUUAUUUAAUGUUUAACUAUACUGUACCAUGAGUGGAAUCCUAAUUUGAUGUAAUGCAUAAUCAGUUUUACCUAUAACUUGUGAGAAAAAGUACAAUUUCUUAAAGGGAGAUGUUUUGAUUUGCUAAAAUUUUCAUAAAUUUAAGUGCCUAGUAUUUAGGAAACCGCAUAUUGCACUGGGAUGUCUGGGAGAAAAUUAAUUUCAUAUUAGAAAAUUUUAGAAUAUAAUGCAAUAUAACUAACACAAAUGGUAUUAAAACAAGUGUAUUUAUUCCAUUGCUGCAAAUGCAUUUUUCUACAUUCUAGGGAACAGCAAUUAAAAGCUGGAUUUAUAAAUCUGAGAGUAAAUCUUUUAUUAUCAAUCAAAUAAGGAAAUAUUAGAGAAGAGUGAAUAUGUGUGUUCUCAGAGAAACAUAUGCAAUGGUUCUACAUUAGCUUAUCUGUCUGGAAACCCCAUUUCUGUCUGGGCAGAUAGUGCCCAGAAAUAAUAUAUAUUGCACAUUCCAAUUUUCCUAAAACUACUUUCAGAAAAUAAAAUACCUAGUUUCACUACUGUAAGACAGUACUGUUUUAACAAACAGUUGCCCAUUGUACACAUCACAUAGUAAUUUUGACAACAAUCUGAAUAGACCUUUAACAUCUAUUUGUUUAGUAUCUAAAUUCUUCACACUUUCUAUUGUAUACACCCUUUGUUUGACAUCAGCUACUCCAAAUAUAAAUUGUUUACAAUAUUACUUAUUAACAUCCAUUCCAUUAUCUGGAACCCCUUUCUUCGGCAUCCUUGUGUUUAUUGCUGCAAGACCAGAUAAUUUUGCUUCUAUUUGUUUAGUAACCAUUUUAAGCAUUUUUAACUGUUCUCAAAUUAAUACCUCAUAAUAAAGUGUCCUGUAUUUCUU